AUGAUUCAGACACCUAGUGGAUUGUUCCGGCGGCCUGUUUCCAAAUUGGCUGUGCUGGACGUAGCAGGACGCAGUGAGGGUGCUGGACCCAACAUCCUCACGGGGAGGGGGAUGCUGCCACGACCGCAACACCGGCAACCCGGCCUUCGACAUCUGGAGAUUCCCUUCAUCAACGCUAGGCGCGCCACUAAACAGACAUAUGGAUUGAUCGAUUCGUAUGUCAAGCGGCAUUGUAACAUACACUGUACUGCGGUGGAUGAUACGGAGAAGACCGGCGAUGGAUACACCUGCAAGACCUGCAGAGGAGCCGAAACGGAAGACAUGGUACAGUGCGACCAGUGCGACGGAUGGUAUCAUUUCCACUGCGUGGGAGUCUCGGAUGAAGUUGUCGAUCAAAGCUGGAGUUGUGCCAACUGCAAGACUGCAACAUGCAACCAGCGAACAACGUCAACAUCAGAAAAAGAUCCGGCAACGAAGGAUGGCAACACGGAACACACGUCCAAGCGCGCUUCAUCCCUAAAAGGAAUUUCUUCUGCAGGGCGGGAGAAUACAUCGAACGGCAGUCCACCGCCGCCUAAGUCAACAGAUCCAACAGUUCCUCCAUCAAAUCUGCCAAAUCAUGAGGGAAAGUCGAGACGGCCAAAGGUACAGCUGACCGGAAAGAAACUCUUCGUUCCGUCGGUGGAAGGAUUACCCGCUAUCCAGCUAGACGAAGCAGCAUCGGAAAUCUCGUGUUCAUCAUCUCAGAGAUCUGCCCGGAACCGUGCCAAAUUGCAGCUGCAGCGGUUGGAGGAGGAAAGAGCUUUCGAGGAGGAACGAGCAGAACGACGAAGGGUUGCUGAACAGCUAGAAGCGGAAAAGCACAAAGCAUUCCUGGCCAAGAAGUACCAGAUUCUGGAGGAGCUAGCCAGCGAAAGAGGAUCGAGUCGAGGUUCUAUCAGCGUAUACUCUCGGAGUCGGGUGGAGAAUUGGAUAGAGAAGGGACGUAAUUCAGAGGCAGUGCAUCGGUCUAAUGAACAGCCAGCACAGUGGGAGCUGAGCCCACCAGAUCAGCUACCAGCACAGCGGGAGUUAGACCAACGUCAGCCAGCUGCUAUUCGAAUGUCGAAGUACUUCAAUCCUAACGUCCAACCACAGUCGACGAGAAUCCAACCAGCGUUGAACCGAAUAACCCGAUCAUUGGCGAAUUCGACGGUUAUAGAACGGAAUCACGGCGCAUUAGCUAUCACGCUCACAAAUCGCAGCAAGGCAGGCCGUUUCCAAGGACUUGCCAACAUUUUCCCGGAUGAAUGGCCGGUCUUCUUAUCCAUGUUCAAUAGCACGACAGCUAUGUGUGGAUUCACGGAAGAGGAAAAUCUUGUGCGACUGCAACGUAGCUUGAAAGGAAAGGCAUACGAAGCCGUUAAGUGCAGAUUGAUGCACCCUGGAAACGUUCAGGGCAUAAUGAGCCCGCUAAAAAUGCUAUUUGGUCAACCGGAGAUCAUUGUGCACUCGUUGAUAGGAAAGAUCAGUUCGCUACCACCGAUUCGCGAGGAUCGUCUCGAGACAUUAGUAGACUUCGCCGUUAGCGUGCAGAACUUCUGCGCAACAGUUGACUCAUGCGGGCUAGAAGAGUACAUGUACAAUGUGAGUCUUCUGCAUCAGCUUGUUGGCAAGCUUCCACCGUCAAUCAAGCUAAACUGGGCGCAACACCGAAAGACGCAGUUGGCGGUCAACUUGGCAACCUUUAGUGAGUGGAUCUACUCGCUAGCCGGAGCUGCAAGUACGGUUACGUUUCCAACAGAGUUGGCACAAGCAAAGCCGAUGCGUAAUGAGCCUCGGCGGAAAGGGAAAGGAGAAACGUACCUCAACGCCCACUCGGAAACACAGAUCAGGCACGAUACGAGCUUCAAACCGCCAAAGCAGUCGUCUACAGCUGCACUGGAGAAGGAGACCUGCCCGGUAUGCAAGGGCAACUGCAAAUCCGUGAACAAAUGCAAGCGGUUUCAGGAGUUUUCGAGAGAAUCCCGGUGGGCAGUCGUCCGACAGUUCGGGCUUUGUCGAACGUGUCUUCGGCAACACAAACGAACCUGCAAGGCGAAACCUUGCGGUAAAGACGGUUGCACUUUUCGGCACCAUGAGCUACUGCACAACGAGCUAAAAGCCAAGUCACACCAAAGCACUACUGCAGUUGGGAAUCCAGAGUCUUCGCAGCCGACAACCAGCGGUGCCGAGCAGGGCUCAGGAACAACGCUGCUCGAUCAAGAUCUAGCAGAUGAACUGCAACUGGAUGGCACGCUAAGUCCAAUAUGCCUUCGCUGGACGGGUGGUACCGAGCGCUGCGAGAAAGACUCUUGCAUAGUUCGCCUGCAAGUCGCCGGACGUCAUGCGAAUGCCGAGAAGUUUACCCUGGAAGGCGUACAAACGGUCAACGAGCUGCUGCUACCACGACAGACCUUGGACUUUGGGGAACUGAAGCGAUCAUAUCGCUAUUUGGAAGGAUUGCCUAUCGACUCGUACACCGAAGCUCGCCCUCGCAUUCUCAUCGGCACAAAGCAUGCCCAACUGGGCUUAACCCUCAAGAGCCGAGAAGGAAAAUUCGGCGAGCCGAUCGCAACUAAGACACGGCUAGGCUGGGCAAUUUGCGGUAACCUAGGAUUUGGAGACGCACCGAACAUGUUUCACUACAGCUUUCACGUCUGCUCACUGAACGAACGUCCGGACGAUGAUCUACAUCAAGCGAUGAAAGAUUAUUUCUCCAUUGACAGUCUAGGAGUUAAUGCUUCGUCCAAAGUUCUGCUAUCGACGGAAGAUGAACGUGCCGAAUCUCUGCUAAAGUCGUUGACCCGAUUUUCAGGCGACCGUUUUGAGACUGGCCUACUCUGGCGUUAUGACAACGUCCGUCUGCCAGACAGCCGCCCUAUGGCUUUGCGUCGCCACCGAUGCCUGGAGAAACGCAUGGCGAAUGAUCCUGCCCUCGCAAAAGUUUUGCAACAGAAGAUAGGUGACUAUGCCGCCAAAGGAUACAUUCGCAAACUCUCUGAUGAGGAAAUCCGGCAGCAAACCGGCGAAAUGUGGUAUUUGCCUGUCUUCCCGGUAACCAACCCGAACAAACCCGGGAAGGUCCGAAUAGUUUGGGACGCAGCAGCGAAAGCCCACGGAAUCUCGUUGAAUUCAGUCCUUUUGAAGGGUCUAGAUUUGCUAUGUUCUCUACUUGGAAUUCUUCUACGCUUCCGACUACAUCCCGUUGCAGUGACGGGAGACAUACGCGAAAUGUUCCACCAGGUGCAGAUUCGCCAAGAGGACCAGCGAUACCAAUGCUUCUACUGGACGGAUGAGAACGGUGAACUAGGAGUUUACGUCAUGGCGAUGAUGACCUUCGGAGCGUGCUGCUCACCUAGCAGUGCGCAAUACGUUAAAAACGUCAAUGCUGAUCGUUUUAAGAGCGAAUUUCCGGCGGCAUGCGAUGCUGUUACCAAGUCACACUCUGUCGACGACAUGUUGAUAAGUGUCGCCACGGAGGAAGAAGCAAUCCAGAUAGCGAAAGACGUUCGGGAUGCCCACGCCCAGGGCGGCUUCGAAAUUCGAAACUGGAUUAGUAAUUCAAGAAGAGUUGUGGAAGCACUGCAAGAACAGAACACGGAUGACGAGAAAAGUCUAGACCUGACGACCGAAUUAUCCACCGAGAAAGUUCUAGGGAUGUGGUGGAACACAGCAGCCGAUGCUUUCACCUACAAAAUUGGCUGGAAUCGCUACGAUGGGGAGUUACUCAAGGGCGAACGACGUCCCACAAAACGGGACGUGUUGCGAGUUCUAAUGACCAUAUUUGACCCGCUCGGUCUCAUCGCCCAUCUUCUCGUCUAUUUAAAAAUCCUAUUACAAGACAUUUGGCGUUCCGGUGUAACCUGGGACGAGCAAAUCGAUGACGAGGCCUUCGAAAAAUUGCGAAAAUGGUUGACUGUUUUGCCACAAGUUGAGCAUUUGCAAAUUCCCAGAUGUUUCUGGCCUGAGCAUCCUGUCAACGACGCUGAUGAGGUUCAGCUGCAUACGUUUGUAGAUGCUGGAAGCGACGGAAUGGCCGCUGUUUGUUUCCUAAGGUUCUCUAAGAAUGAGAAAAGCUACUGCUCGCUCGUCACCGCAAAGGCUAGGGUGGCCCCUCUUAAGCUAACAUCUAUUCCGCGUCUUCAAGCAGCAGUAAUAGGAACUCGCUUAUCGAAAACUGUGCUGGAUACGUUGCCGAUCCGGAUCACCAAACGAUUCUACUGGUCAGACUCUCGGGAUUGUUUCAGGGGCUCGCUCGGGGUCACACCGACAGGAUGGGCUCACCUGGGAAACGGGAAAGAAAAACCAAUGUUUCUGGGGCUCGUUCGGGGUCACACCGACAGGAUGCCCGAGCAGAGUCUAACAACAAAAUGA